GACAACAUGGAGAAAUGGAGAGAAAUCAUGAGGAGGAAAGCCCAGGAAUUCGUGAACGAGGCCUUGGACAGCCGUAACCAAAUUGCUGCAUUGGGCGCACCGUUUAUUCGCAACGGCGCUACCAUCCUGACGCAUGGACUAUCUCGCGUGGUCCUGCGCCUUCUACAGAAAGCGGCGGAGGAGAAGCAGUUCAAAGUCAUUGUCACACUCACAGACGAUGCCUCAGUGGGGUAUGUGAUGCGAUGA